AUGCAAUAUGGGCUGAAAUCCAGACGUGUGACCGUGAGACCAGUCAUCUCAGAAGAUGAACUUGAACCACCCUCGUACGACCAGAUUCAAGCCAUCGAAAACCCAAACCAUGAACCGAUAGAUUCCGAGUUUGCAGUCCAACAGACUGCGCGAAAACCCAAUACCUUCCGAAUACGCGGGAAUAUUACGCUGGGCAAUCGACGUCGUCUCAGCCGUGUGGCCAAAUGGAUGCGCCAGAGUGUGAACAGUCUGAGCACAAUUGACGAGGUGUGUCGAGGCGAGGGUCUAGUUGGAAUCAAUAAACGAUGGCGUUGGAAUCAUCAGAAGCGUACAUCCGCCUUAUUGCGCGAAUUACAAAUGAAUCCAAUGCUUCCGUUUGAAGUAAAUAUCAAUACCCCGGAUGCCAAAGGAAAUCGUCCAAUUCACCUGGUUGCUAUGUCGGGUAAUCUGGAAGUUUUUGAAUAUUUGGCUCAUCUGAAUGUGGACAUGAGUUGCACCAACAAAGAUCACCAGCAACCAAUUCAUCUGGCAGCCAUGAAAAAUCACUCAAAAUUCUUGGAGAUUUCCCAUGGGGCAGAAAUUUACGUUCCAAAUUUGCACCACUCCUAUCCGGUGCAUAUCGCUCUGGAGAACCUAAGCCAUCGUUGUCUAUGCGUGUUGUUCGAAAAUGAGAAACGUGCCGAAUCAGCGGUGUCAGUCCAAAGUCCAAGCCCCGAACCGGAUUUGGAACACACGGAAACGAGAAGAGAAAGUUUCGCCAGUCGCAAGCGAAGCGAGAUGUGGUCCAAUGUGCCUGUUAUCGAAUCCUACGCGGCGCCGAAAUUGAGCCUGAUCAAUCUGGUGGACUCGGAGGGUGAUACGCCAUUGCACACUGCAGUGCGGGCAGGUGACCUAGUGGGAAUAAAAACGUGCCUUGAUAAUGGAGCCAGUAUUUUGGUCAUGCAAAACGAACGCGAGACACCGAUUCACUAUGCAUGCAGCAAGAGUGAUUUGGAUGCCGUUAAAAUCAUGCUUGAGUCUUGCCCCAGUCAACUCAAACUCGUGAUGACCAUGGCGAACAAAAGCGGCUAUACGCCUUUGCAUUUGGCAACACUUUAUGAUCAUGUGCCUCUACUGGACUAUUUGGUGGAAAAAGUGAGUCUGUCGUUUUGGCAAUACUUCCCAUUUCAGUUUUGUAAAUUUUUACAAAUAAACCACUGUGGUGAAUAUAAUAAUUUUGAUUACCGAGUCAGACGAUGA